CAAAGUGCAACCGACCUGGGAACACACACAUACAGCUCAAAGUCUCUGCUGGAUUUAAACCUGCUGCUCGCCUAAGCUACCUCUACUCGCACAGAACCGGCCCACACCAUGCUGAUACUCCUGGUGCUCCUGUCUCUAACUGAGAACGUUCAGACUCAGAGAGUUCAAGGCCAGCAGAAGAAUGGCGCUUGUGUCUGUGACGUGAAAAGCCUUGUGUGGACAUUCCCAGCCAUAACAUAUGAAAAUGUGUCCAAUCUGGCGCAGGACUGUGGAGAUGCGCUUCAAAACCUCGAGACACAGAUUGAAGACACGGAAGCUACGAUGCCACAUCUUUUGGCCACAGUUGAAAAUGUGACACGUCGCCUGGGACCUUUCCAGUACCUCAAGUCGAACGGACUGUACAACGCUCUACACCUGAAUCAGCUCAAGGAGGAGCUUCAGGAACUUCAGCACACCAUAGACAUCACCCAUAACGACAACCCCUCUAAAGAAACAAUAAAACUCACCACAGAGAUUGCCCACGCUAAACAGAAGGUAGAGAACAUGUACAAAGACAAUGGCUUCAAUCUAGAGACGGUGAAAGAGAAUUUACGUCUCCUGGGCAACCGUGUGCAAACCUGCCGCAGUAUCCCCACAGAAUUUAGAAGCACCUGUUCUCAGCGCAUCAUGACGAACAUCAGCUCUGCUGUAGUUACAAAGCUCAGCUCAUUUGGGAAGUCCUACAUAUCAGGCGCCUGGGGUCGAGAGGCCAAGCAGGACAGUGAGGAAAGGUACUGGGUUCAACCGCUCACCAGUGGCCACAGAUCUGGAAAUGUCAUGAGGAUGUACAGCUCCUUCAACGACUUCAUGGCAUUCAAGAACUACAAGGACGUACCUGUGGCGCCGUCCAACACCCACACCAAUGCCAUCCAGGGCCCUGGCACCUUGCUGUAUGGGGAAGCUGUUUUUUAUCAGUGCUACAACACAGGGGAGCUGUGUCGCUACGACCUCCAGACCAAGGCCACAUUGCGUCAGACGCUCCCAGAGGCCGGUUUCAACAACAAGUUCCCCUACUGCUACUACACGUGCCGCGACUGGACGGACAUGAACCUGUCAGCCGACGAGAGAGGCCUGUGGGUAGUCUACACCACGCUGGAUAACCACGGCAACCUGGUGGUGAGCCUGCUGGACAGCGGCUCGCUCAAUGUCACACACACGUGGAAGACGGGUCUGUUCAAAAAAUCCGUCACCAACGCCUUCAUGGUGUGCGGGGUCCUCUACGCCACACGCUUUGUGGACACGUACCGUGAGGAGGUGUUCUACGCCUUCGACACCGCAACAGGACUCGAGGACAACACCUUGGCUCUGCCCCUGGAGAAAGUGGCUGCAGGGGUAGCCAGUCUGCUUUACAACCCCAUAGACAGAAGGCUGUACAUGUACAACGAUGCAUAUCUUCUGGCGUACCAAGCUGUCUUCUAAAUCUUUGACAAUUUCGGACCUGUGGUUUAAAAAGGAGCAAUACCAUAUCUAUUCAGAUGUGUUAGUAAUAAAAGAUGUUUGUGAAUGCUUUGUUGCAGUCAUUUUAUAACAAGUUUUUUGAUGUUAUAGGAAAAAAAUAAGGUUAAAAUAGAGAUCAUGCUGACUGGGUGGCUAAAUUAGGUUUGAGUGCAUUUCUAUAUUGUGUCUGAGUGUCUUCUAUUUUUUCUGAGUGUGUGUGAUAACAAUUUUUGCAUGUUGUGGAGGUAUGAGUGUGUAUCUGUGUGUGUAUUUGUGUUAAUGAAAAACGUGUAGUAACUUCUGGCAAAUAAAAAAGGUUUCAUUCAUGUUAAAAA